AUGUCCGAAGUUACUUUCGCCAAACAGUUCCUCGCGACUCUGGACAAGCGACCCAUCAAACUGCCCGCCGACCACAUUAGCGAUCCCAGGCAGUAUCCUAAUCAGAGUCCUUCCAUCCUCCCUCGUGCGACUCACCCUUUCCCGCGUAAGACUGGACCAACAGCCACUCAAACCGCCGCCACGACCUCCCUCACAGUCACCCUCAAACCCAUGCGUGGCCCAGCAAGUGACAGUCUGAGCCUAACGAAUAUCUCUCUCACCUCCACAAUCUACGACAUCAAGACCCUGUACGCACAAAAGACCGGUCUGCAAGCCGAGAAGGUCAAGCUGUUACUUAACAAGAAACCAGCGGCGGACCUCAAGACGUUGAAAGAUCUCGGCGUGACAGACAGCGUGAAAGAUGUAGAGUUGAGUGUAAUGGUCAUGGGAGGAGGCGGUGCAGCAGGUGGAAGUACAGCGGGAACACCCCGCGACCAGAGCCCUAAAGCGGCAGUCGCAGCAGAAUCGCAAGCUGCGCCGAAGAAGGAGGGUGAUGGUGCUGACGAGAUUCUGGCAACGGAGGAGUUCUGGGACGACCUAAAGGGAUUCUUGUCGCAGAGGCUGAGGAAUGAAGAGGUGGGUGCAAAGUUGAGUCAAACUUUCAGGGCGGCUUGGAAGAAGUGA